AUGAAUUUGAGCAAGGUGUGCCUCGUUUCGAUGCUUCUCGUCAGCAUCGGACAGGCUCUACCCCAAGUGACGAGAAACGAAGCAGCUUUGCGAUGCGAGUCGAUUGGAAUGGCGCUUUUGGCCGUCACUUCUCUCGACGAGCUGAACUGUCUGGCCUCUUUGACAGCUGUUGGAACUUUUUGGACGAGCGGCUCGAACGAAGACCUCAACUGCGAUUUGGAGCACAAAUUCGCUUGGUGCUCCAUCGGCUUCAAUAUUUCCCCAGAAUUGAUGUCCUGGUCGUCCAGCUGGCAGCAAUGCUGUGCUUUGGGAAUGGAGUCGCUCAAUCUCGAGGACGCAGCCGAGCAACAGGGCCUGUCCAGCUUGACAAUUGGAAAAAACGCCACCGACUGGAAGAUGAAUUUCAAUUACUGGACUUCUGGAACGAGGAAGGGUGCUCCUUUGGGUCAUUGGUCGUGGUGCAAAGCCGACGGACCCACGGUUUUCAGCCCGAGUCUGACUUGGGAGCGCGGCCAGCCCGACAACAAAAACGGAAACGAGAGCUGCGUGCAUUUUCGCUUCGUUUUGAACGCAACAGCGGCCAUCAUGACCGACAGGAACUGCACCAACAGAUACAUCUACGCUUGCAAGUCUUCCUGGAAAAAUGCAAGGGAUCAGUGCUGCGUUAUUGGAAUGAAAUUAAUGUCUAUCGAGUCGACCGAGAAAUUGAAUUGCAUUUCCAAACUGAUGACAAAAUUCGCGUCUUUGACCGUUGGCGAUUACUGGCUCUCCGGAACGAACCUGGGUUGCCCCUCAAAUUUCAGGUGGUGCUCCCUAGACCGCGAUUUCGUCAACCCUGAGCUCGGGUGGAAGGAGGGACACACGAAAAAAGGCCUAAAUUGCGUUUAUCUCGAGUGCUUCUUGAAAUGCGUUGGCACCGAGGUUGGAAUGGUAUUUUAG